UUAGUAAUUAUUAAAUAUUUAGUAAUUAUUUUUUUUGCCAAUUUUACCAAAUUGGCAAAAUUACUUAACUAAACUCACCAGACAGUUGUGUCUGAGUUUAGCGAACCAACUAUAAGAUUCUUUCAAUUGGUCCAAUUCAGAUUUAACGUUGUCAAAUUUGGCCCAUUCAGCUUGACUAGAAACUUUAGCCUUUUCCAACUUUUCCUGUCUUUCUAAUCUCUUCUGUUUAGAUUCUCGUUUUUUCUUAUUGUCUAAUAGCUUUUGUUGUCCUAUUGUUGUCCUAUCCAUUCUUUGAAUAGAAUAGAAUAAUUUUUAUUUGCAUAAAAUUUUUACAUAUUUGAGCAAAUAACGUCAAGUAAAAGUAAAAAGAGAUUGUAUGAAACUGUAUAAAUCUGAAGUACAUAGAACAAUUAUUAUAAUUAAAAUUAAAAUUAGACACUACAUGUUACAAAACAAAACAACUAAUACUUCAGGUAUUCCACCACAGUAUAUGGUUCUACAAUGACCAGAUAUUUAACCCUUUCGCUGCGUAAAGUGCACAUGCGCGCCCUCCUAUUUCUUUGUAAAAUGCGUAUGGCGCACAUGAGCGGCCUAUGUAUAUGGUGAUUUCCAUAUACAUUUAAAAUUGACUCAGUUUCAGGAGAUCAAGGAAACUUUGUCCGCAUUUUAUUAAAGGUCACUUCUAUUCAUAGGUGGCGUCGCGGCUCGGUGAAUCAUGUGGUUAGGUUUGCAGAGCUAUUCAUAGGUGGCGUCGCAGAUCAGUUACUCACAUAGUUAGGUUUUCAAAGGUGUUGUCGUUUCAAACGGUUUAGUGUGAUUAUAAGUUUAAUUAUUUGUAUAAUAAUGGCUGAUUUAAAUAAAGCUGGACCUUCAGGCGUAAAAAGACGUAAGACCGUGAAAGUGAGAAAUGAAAAAAAUCUGAGUGUUGAGGAAUUGAUGCAGUUUUUAUAUAAUUCAGACUCAGAUGAAGAUUAUGAAGACUCUGAUGUAGAUAACUUUGAAAUUGAAAAUGUUUCGGAAGACUCUUCUGGAAGUGAUACUGAGGAUGAUGUACUACAGAACGAGUUAAAUAAUACCGUUGCAGAUAAUCCUGACGUACAGAUUACAGACAAUGAAUGGACCGAAACAACUAGCGGUAUGAAACAAAUUCCAUUUACAAAAAGAAGUGGAUUGUUAGUCGAUAGUCCUGGUGAUAGUGCGUACGAUUGGUUUAGGCUGUUGUUUGAAGAUGAACUUUUAAAUAUAAUUGUCUUACAAACUAACAGUUAUGCAGUUGAAGUUCUUUCUACCAGCAAAGGAUGUGACCGUUCAAGGAUUUCCCUAUGGAAGGAAUUAACAAUAUCGGAAUUGCUAAUAUUUAUUGGAUUAACCUUCCAUACAGGAACAAUCCAAUUGCCUAGCAUACAAGACUACUGGAAGAAAAAUAGAUUAUUUUCGACUUGUUUUUCUUCAUACAUGAGUAGAGACCGCUAUUUGCUUAUAAUGCGAUGCCUUCAUUUUGCCGAAAAUGUAAAAGAAAAUGAACCAGUUCCAGUAGAUCGACUAUAUAAGGUAAGACCCUUGCUAGAUCAUUUUAAUAACAAAAUGAAGACGGUAUACUAUCCAGGAAAGUAUUUAUCUCUAGACGAAUCUAUGAUCUUAUGGAAAGGAAAACUGGUAUUCAAGCAAUAUCUCCCUAAGAAACGACAUAAGUAUGGAGUAAAGCUUUAUAUGCUGACAGAAGCCGAUUCAACAAUUUUGGAUAUCCAUAUAUAUGCUGGUGCAGGUGAUGCAACUGCUGGUAAGUCUCAUACAGAAAGAGUGGUGCUACACCUAAUGCGUAAUUUUUUCGACCAUGGACAUUCGCUUCAUAUGGACAACUAUUACAAUAGUUAUAACUUGGCCAAAUUACUACUGGAUAAAAAUAGUUUUUGUACAGGCACUCUGAGAAAAGAUAGGAAAGACUGUCCAAAAAACGUCGUAGACGCAAAGUUAAAAAAAGGCCAGACCAAAAGUAUGUACCUCAACAACGUAAUGGUUGGAAAAUGGCGAGACAAAAGAGAUAUCAUUUACAUUUCAACUGAAUAUAAAAAUGAGAUGGUAACCGUAAGAAAUAGACGAGGGGAUGAGAAAAUUAAACCACUGCCAAUCAUUCAAUAUAAUAAAUAUAUGGGCGGAGUAGAUCUUCAAGACCAAAUGUCUUCUUAUUAUCCGCCGACACGCAAAACUUUACGUUGGUACAAAAAAAUUGGCAUACAUCUGUUUCAGCUAUAUUUGCAAAAUGCUCAUAGAUUGUAUAAUAAGUACCACGGAAAUAACAAAAUGUCAUAUUAUAAGUUUCGAUUGUCAAUACUUGAAAAGUUAUUACCAGAAAAAUGUCAAGGAACAGCAGUUGUAACGGCAGAAGUAGCAGUUACUUCGGGUGUAAACCACACACCUUCAAAAAUUGAGUUACAUAAUGAACGUGGUAAAACUCUUAGAAAAAAUUGUCAGACAUGCAAUAACAACAAGAUACAUAAGGAUACUAUUUAUCAUUGUCAAGAAUGUCCCGAUAAACCUGGCCUCUGCUUAGGCAAAUGUUUCAGAGAAUAUCAUGUAUCAAUAUAGAAAGACAUUAGGAAAAAAUUAAUAUUUUGUAUACUUUUAUUUUACAUUAUAUGUUAUUUGUUUAUUUUACAUCCUGUUUGAAUGAAUAAAAUUUUAGUUUAGAUCAAAAAAGUCGAUUUAAUUUACUAAAUACAAAAAUUUGUAUCAAGCGCACAAGUGCGUCCUCCGCAUUUUUAAAAGAAAUUCCUUGAAAACUGCGUACAGCGCACAUGUGCGUCUUGCAAAAAUUCAGAAGAAAAAUUAUAAUAAUCCGUUUUAACAUAUGUACAAAAAACAAUUGUUGAAAAAAUAUCGCA